CCAGGAAAGUAACGUGACAUUUACUGGUAGGAAGUAAUUGCUUAAUUCGAUGACAUUUGAUAGAUUUUUUUUAUCCUUAGGCAUGUACAAAACAUAUCUAAAAGUCCUCUGAUGUCGGAUCCAUAGUAAAUGUGAAUGAUUACCUCAAAGGCAAAGAGGAACGUAUUCAGAAGGGUCAUGCUAUGGGGGUGCAUGGCCUCACCAGCUACGUGGAGAAGGACCGCCGCUUCCUUGUUAACGUGCGUCUCCAGGACACCCGGCUGGUGAUCGAUGGCAGCAGCCUGUACUACAGCCUGUAUUUCGGCUGUGGCGCAGACCAGCAGUGCGGUGGGGAGUAUGAGGCUUUCGCAGAGCAGGUGCGCCACUUCUUCGCUGCGCUCUUCACCUGCAGGAUCCAGCCCUUUGUGGUGUUGGAUGGGGGGAUGGAUCACAGUGACAAGAAGUUCGCCACCUUCCGGCAGCGCGCCAAGAGGUCCAUCAACGAUGCCAACUCCCUCUCCCGCGGAACGAACGGUUCUGUGCUUCCCCUGCUCACCAAGGCCGUCUUCAUGCAGCUGCUCUCCGACUUGGCCGUCCCCUUCUUCCAGUGUGCAGCAGAGGCCGACAUGGAGAUCGCGACCCUGGCCAGCCAGUGGGGCUGCCCCGUACUGACCAAUGACAGUGACUUCUACAUAUUUGAACUGCGUGCGGGUUACAUACCCUUCAGGCACUUUCAGUGGGCCAGCGUGGCGGUGGGCAGGCAGGCCCACCCGUCGCAGUGUUCCGUCUCGGCCCGCUGCUACACCGUGCAGCGCCUCUGUUCCCACUUCAGGGGACUGACCCCGCAGAUGUUGCCUUUGUUUGCCGUAAUCAUGGGGAACGAUUACACUCCCGCUCACAUCAAACAGCUGUUCUUCAGCCGCGUGGAGCUGCCCGUGGUGGCAGCGGGGAGGAGGGGGAACCCCCAGGUCGAGGGCCUCCUCCUGUGGCUGUCUCAGUUCAGCAGCCCUGCUGAGGCCCUGGAGGAGGUGCUGGAGCUUGACGCAGGAGGGAGAGAACAGAGGAGAGGCGCCACGCAGUCCGUUUUCUCUGCAGGGAUGCAGGACUACACUCUCCCACCUCGAAGCAGCUUGGCGCAGUUCUUCUCUGGAGGUUUGAACCCUCUUCCAGGCUCGAUGGAGGUCCCUGAAAUACUUGCUGCCCAGCCACAGUGGCUCUUGCGGGGGAUCGUCACGGGCAGGUUGCCCUCUCUGGUCCAGGAUGUGCUGGUGCUCCAGAGGGUCAUGCUGAUCGCCCAGGUGGAGAACUGCAGGUUACCCAGCAGCCACUGCACCUCGCUGGCCAUUCGGCAGGUCAUCUACGGGCUGCUUCUCCUCGGCCGCCAGCAGGCCCCGGCUCACGCUCCUGCGGGCAGAGGAAGAGGAAGAGGAAGAGGAGGGCGAGGCAGCAGGGGGACAAGAGGCUGUAGACAUGGUGGCCAAUCAGAAGCAGAGGGAUGUGUUCACAUCGCCCCCACUGUGGUGGAGUAUGACAGAUGUGAUCUCAACCUGACAAAAAGCACAGUCGACCCUGUUCAACUGAGUGGUGCUCCUCAUGUGCAGAUAGAGAUGAUGGACCAGACGUCAGUGUCUGCGCGUGUACAGGUGCUGUUGAGAGUUCUUCAUAUUGAAGAGCGUGCCUUGGGCACAGUGCCCCCCACCCUCAGGCUUCCUAUGUGUGUGACCUCUUUCUGGCUGCAGCGCUCCAGGCCUCGGCCUGACCCCACCAUCCUACAGGCUGUCAUUCUGGGCCUUACAUUUGGGGAGCUAAGCUAUCGCAGAACCAUUACUGGAGAUCCCAUGUGCAGCAGGCCGGGUGUUGCUGCCGUUCUCCACCGACUCCACCAGCUCCGCGUCCAGAGGAAGGAGCGGCGCGGGCUGAACCUGGAGGUGGCCCAUGCUCUCAGCCAGUGGCAGUCAUGCAUGUGGGCAGCGCUGUGUCUAAACCAGCUGCUGUGUUGCCCCCUUCCAGAUCCUCCAUGUGCCUGGUUGUUCAGUGGGACUCUGCUUCAUGCUGUGCAGGCAGCGCUGAGACAGGGGGCUUCUGUAGAAGAUUUCUUGGCUGGGGACCCCUUUCCUGGGCAGCUCUUCUCUUCUCUAAUGGAGGCCACACUACAGCCAUGUGGCCCUGGCCCCACCGGCCAUCUUGGACCAUCUUCUUCAGGGGCCAGGAAGAGGGGAAGGGGACAGAGGAAGCAUCCACCGCAAGGGAGAGGCCAGGCGCCGAGAGGGAGGGUCCAAAGGGUUGACGAGCGUGGCCUUAACAACCGCUUUGCCAUGUUGAUGAGUGAUGAAGACUAUGAUGAAGAAGAGUCUACAACUUGGCCUUACGGGUUGUUAAGUACAAGAUGGUGCUUUUCAGACGUGAUGGGCCCACGUGGCUGCAGUUGCCAGAAUUUGCCUAUAUUUGUGCUUGUUUACAAAUUGAUGAUAUUAAUUUUUCUGGCUGCCAGUUGUGCCUUUCAUCUGCUCUUACCGCAUAGCUGCUUUUUAGUGUACAUUGUGUUGGCAGGAUCUCAGUGGGAAGGCAUCCCAUUCUCAUGAAUUAAUUUAACCCAUGAGUUCAAGUCAAUCCUAUGUUCUUCCGAAGGGCACACAUGGUACAUGGUAUUCCUGAUUAUAACCUAUGCCAUAAAAUAAUUACAAUGAUCCCUGGCAUCUCAUGGACCAAAUGUGGCUGGGGUUAUCCAUGUUUGCCUUUGCUUUUGACUCUGAUCUUUGCCUAUUUCUAUUGCAAUAUAUUUUAUGUCAUGUAAGAAAUGUAUUUAUCCACAUUUACAUUAAUACAUUCAUAAUGAAACAUUAUUUAAAUCAAUUUCAAAAUUCAUAUUUAACGUUUAUUCUCACACUGAAACAUGUUUAAA